AUGACUGUCACCAGCGCCCAAUUCCCUCCUCCUGUCUCCUCGACCGGCAGCGGCUGCCUCCCAGAAGUCAGAUUCCCGGUCAGCCUCGAUCAACAAGAUAAUGUGCUUGCGGAGAUCAUUGAUGGCAUUGAAAAAACCGGGGUAUGCAUCAUCCGGGGCAUGUACACGCAGGAUAUCGUCGACGCAGUCACGGCCGAACUGACGCCGUAUAUCGCCGGCACGGGCGACUAUUGGGGCAAGACCGAGGGGACGGCCUUCCUCACAGCUCUCCUUACCAAAUCUCCCACGUACGCAACCACGGUCUUGGCCCACGAAAUAUUCCACAAGGUUAAUCACCACUUCCUCACGACACGAUUUGGACCGUGCCCCGUCACGACUGGCUACUCCGUCAGCUACAACUGCGAGCCCCAACUGGACUGCACGAAUGCAUUUUAUAUCCCCCCGGGCGGUCCUGCUCAACUCCUCCACCGCGACGAUGCCGACCAUCUCAAUUUUCAACCCGCGGCAUCCGCCUACCAGCAAGGUCGCGACACGGGGAUCGUCUUCAUGACUGCUUUAACCCGUACCACCCGUGCGAACGGGGCCACGCGCGUGUUGCCCGGCUCUCAUCUGUGGGACUACGCCCAGCCCUUUCCAGCAAAAGACGACCCUCGUAUCCUCGACGCGGAGCUCGGCCCCGGAGAUAGUCUGUUCAUGCUGACCAGCGUGAUUCACGGGGGCGGGACCAAUAGCACCGCCGUCGGGCGAUUUGUCACGGCGUGCUUCGCGACGCGGGCGCAUUGCCGGCAGCUUGAGAAUCAGUUUUUGGCGUAUGACCCGGAGGAGGUGAAGAAAUUGCCUCCCUGGCUGUUACGGUUCAUGGGUUAUUCGACGGCCAAGCCGUUUUGCGGCUGGGUGAAUAAGAAGGACCCGCUGCGUGUCAUUCUCGGGGAGGAGGGGAUGAAUAAGACGGAGGUCGAUGAGAAAGUGGACUUUGUGGAUGGAUGGCCUGAGCCGGAUCUAUAA